ACAGAAUCGAGCGCGGAAGGACGCAGACGCAUCGUCGCGCGUCACGCCAAACCAUAGUGCAUUCCCGCCAAAAUACACGUCAACCGUCAAAAUUGACAUUUGUCAAAAAGUUUUGUGAUAAAAAAGUGUAAUAAAAAUUGUUGUUUUGUGUUUCGAAAAGUUGGUAUAGAUGAAGUAAACAUAUAAUUAUUAUUAACUAGUCAUGCUAAAAUAACCAUAAUGGACAAGUUGGUGAAGAGUGUUAAAUCUUGGCGUGCCCCUAGGCCAAGUGAGGACCUGUCUAGGAGUCAGUACUCCUUGGUGUCUACGGACCUCACUGAUGGAGCUGUUCAGCUGUGGCUGGGGUUGCCAGAUGAGGUCAAAUAUGACCCCGCGUUGGAGCAGUUUAGACAGCACUAUGAGAAGGAACAUGGUGGACUCGGCGCCUCCCGUAAGACCAAGAACGGAUCAUCCAAGAGACUGCCGUGCGUGAGUUCUGCUCCACAUCUGAACAACAAUGUUCACAGCACUAAGGAGGAGAUUGCCUUCCUCAAUGGCAAGAGCUUGCCGCCUACUGAGGAGAAGAAAGAAAAGAAGGAGAAGACGAUAGAAGAAAUACCAGCUCCUAAAAAGAAAACAAAGAUGGCUCAAGCUGGCCACCUACUGAAGAUGACAAUCCUGGUGGCAUGCUGGAUGUUCUUCACCGUCGUCUUCCUCAUGUACAAUGAGAAGGAACAGCUCAGCAGGCACUCCUCAGUAGCCGCUGGUGAAGUCAAGAGUUACACUCUUCAAACAGAUAAAGAUCAACUUUCGGUACUACUCAAACUAACCGGACCAUUCGUGUCUGAACAAAAUGAGAAGAAAUUAAAUUCUAGUGAUAAGCUAAACAUGCCCAGAAUGGAUGUCUGGCUUGAAGGAGAUGGGUAUGAAGCUUUUAAAGAAGAUACCAAUCAGUCCUCCCACUGGUUACUCUACCUGGACCCUCACGACCAAAUAGACUUCACCCUCGGGGAAACCAGAUCCCAGGUCCUCAAACUGGACCCCACCACCACCAGAAGAUCCCCAAGUGCCAACAGAACUGUUUAUGCCGUGAAGAUUUCCACCACUGCGAAUACGACGACCCCCUUUGCACUGAGCUAUAGUUUAGACCCCAUAGAAUUGUCAACGGGGGUCAUUUAUGCUUGUAUGCUUCUGUGCGCACUUUAUAUACUUAUUAUUUUUGAGAUUAUAAACCGCACCAUGGCAGCAGUCCUGGUCUCCACCACAUCAUUGGCAGCUUUAGCCUUAGCUGGUGAGAGGCCAUCGCUUCCGGAGCUGAUCUCCUGGUUGGAUGUGGAGACUCUACUGUUGCUGUUCAGCAUGAUGCUUCUAGUCGCUAUUAUGGCUGAAACUGGACUGUUUGAUUUUUUGGCUGUUUUUACUUUUGAGGUAACAAAAGGCAAGAUAUGGCCACUAAUAACUCUUCUAAGUGCCAUCACGGCCAUCAUAUCUACAUUCCUGGAUAAUGUUACAACAGUACUGCUUAUGACUCCUGUUACUAUCAGGUUAUGUGAAGUAAUGGACCUAGACCCCAUACCGGUGUUGAUGUCCAUGGUGCUGUUCAGCAACAUAGGGGGUACUGUAACUCCCGUGGGUGACCCACCAAAUGUCAUCAUUGCGUCCAACAAGGCAGUUGUGCAAUCUGGUAUCAAUUUCACCAACUUCACUCUGCACAUGACGUUUGGGAUUCUGCUGGUCUGCAUCCAAACCUACUUCCAGUUCAGGUUCAUCUACAGAGACACUGACAAACUCAGACUGAACGAACCUAGAGAUAUACAAGAUCUCCGUCACCAGAUUUCCAUAUGGCGUCGAGCAGCAGACUCCUUACCUCAUCUCAGCAGAGACGAGCUGGUAGUCAGAGAGAGACUGGACAGGAAGGUCAAGAAGCUGACUGUGAAGCUGGAAGCUUUGGUUAAGGAGACCAAGAUCAGAGCCUGUCCGAAAGACUGCUUCGAGACUAUGUUGGCUGAUAUGAAGGAUAAGUACAAGAUAAGAGACAAAGUUUUGCUGAUCAAGUGUACGGUAGCCAUUGCGUUCGUGGUCACUGUGUUCUUCUUGCAUUCCAUACCUGAGUUCAACCGUGUGUCCCUGGGCUGGACGGCUCUGCUGGGAGCUCUGCUGCUGCUGACGCUAGCUGAUCGCGAAGACCUGGAGCCGAUAUUGCACAGGAUCGAGUGGUCCACGCUGCUGUUCUUCGCUGCACUCUUUGUACUUAUGGAGGCACUAUCCAAAUUGGGUCUCAUUGAAUACAUUGGAGGUCUUACAGAAAGCGUAAUUCUUAAGGUGGAUGAGAGUGCAAGAUUAGCCGUGGCUAUCCUUCUCAUGUUAUGGGUAUCAGGAGUAACAUCAGCCUUUGUAGACAACAUACCUCUAACGACAAUGAUGGUUCGAGUGGUGACUUCGUUGGGGAACAAUCCAACACUCAACUUGCCUAUGGCUCCUCUCAUUUGGGCACUAUCUUUUGGAGCCUGUUUAGGAGGUAACGGCACUCUAAUCGGCGCAAGCGCAAACGUGGUAUGCGCAGGAGUGGCUGAACAGCACGGCUAUAGAUUCACUUUCGUACAAUUCUUCAAGAUCGGCUUCCCUAUCAUGAUUGGUCACUUAAUAGUAGCUUCAGGAUAUCUCAUGGUAUGCCACUGCUUAUUCGAGUGGCAUUAACUUUGAAAAUUUAUGUUUUGGACAAAAAUCAACCUAAAGCGGUUGACAUAAGAUUCAUUUUCGGUUGCAAUUGUAAAUAGCGAAAAAGUAUGUUUUUGGACAAAAAUCAACCAUAAGCUGAUGGCAUAAGAUUCAAUUUUGGUUGCAAAUUGUAAAUAGCGAAUGUAGGAGUGAAAAGACAAGACGUUUAUAAGUAUUUUUAUUGUGAUAAUUUUUUCUAAGUUUGGUAAAGGCAUUUAUGAGAUAGCAGGUUAACACAAAUAGGCGAUAAGGUAUGGAUUGAAAUAUAAAUUUAUGAAAAAAUGGUGAUAAAAAAAUACAAGUUUUUAAUGCUUGAGCAAAGGCAGACUCUUCUUAUAUGUAGUACAACAACCAAGAAAAUAACUAAAAUUGUUAAUUACAAAAACCUUUUAAAAGUUUUAUUUACUUAAAAUUUUGUCCAUUCUAGCUCUAAACCUUUUUAAGUACUUUUAAAUUUAUAAAAAUGUAAUCCGUCCAGAUUCUGUAGUCAGUUAGGUCACCUUCAGAAAAGAACAACUGACUGUCUACCAGAUUAUGUUUACUGAAUUUGAACUGUUUAGACUUUGGACUAACAACCAGGCUUACCAAGGGGUAUUGGGUUGCCCGGGUAACUGGGUUGAGGAAGUCAGAUAGGCAGUCGCUCCUUGUGGCACACUGGUACUCAACUGCAUCCUGUUAGACUGGAAGCCGACCCCACCAUUAUUGGGAAAAGGCUAGGCAGGUGAUUCAGAAUAUUUCGUGGAAAUGAUUUUCUUAAAAAUACAGUUUUUAUUUGUUAUUUUUUUGACUUAAAGAGAGAAUGUAUUUUAAUUUGGAACCUUUUAUAUAGUUUACUUAUACGCUAAUGUUCCUGGUAAAUGCCCGAGUCUUUGGCAAGCUCGCCCGAUUCAUUGGCAAACUCGCCCAAUUCUUUGGCAAACUCGCCCAAUUCUUUGGCAAACUUGCCCUAUUCUUUGGCAAAAACGCCCAAUUCUUCGGCAAAUAAGUUUUGUUAAUGGCAAAAAUUACCAAUAAAUGGCGUUUUUUGUUUUGUACAAAUAUUUUAGUGUGAUAUAAUGUUACAGUAUUGCUCUAGAACAAAUUAUUGAGUAAGAUAUAGUUUAUGUAAAGUUAAAUAAUUGUAAUUUAUUUAAUUAACGAAAUCAAUUGAAUAGUUUAUUUUAGUCGGUUCACAGUGAUUUGCACCUUUAUCCUUAAAAGUUAAUGAUAUGAUGAUGAUGAUGUCCUCCUAACUGAUUAUCGGCUGCGGCGGCUGUUCUCAUGUAAGGCGAUCAGCCAGCCGUGCAGGACAUAUUAUAGUGCACGAGCAUUUGCUUGGACACAGGUGCACUCACUAUUCCUUCACUCUCAUAGCGCGAUGGGAUGACAAUCCGACACCACCUGAGAGAGAUCAGGCAAUUAUAAUAGUACAAACUAUUUAUUUUGUUUAGGUUAUUAUUAAUUUUACAACUAAAGAUAAUUCACUACAUUACACUUAAUCGUAAUUUUACUUUUUUUAAUUUCAUCCCAAAAAUGAAAUGUGAAAAACCAUAAAAAAUAUAUGUGAUUGAGACCUUUAUUGAACAAAAUCCUAUCUUACUAUUACUUAUUUAUAACGCAAAAGCAACGUAGAAACCACUGUAUAGAUUUUGAUAAAACUUGUUAGUUAUAUGAUAUUUAUAUUUCUGUAUUACAAAGGUCUCUUAUAUGUAUAUAACAUUCAUUUUACUUUGUAUAAAAAUGAAUGUAUUUGUAAAAAAAUACCCAAUUAUGGCGUUUGCUAUUUCUAAUGUUUUUUUAUUUAUUUUUGAAGUCGUUUUUCUUGUAAAUACUUCUUGUCAUACUUAUGACAAUAUUGUUAGAAUUUAUGUAAGUUAUAUAGGAUUUUUAAGCAGUAUUGGGUCGCCGGGGUAACUGGGUUGAGGGGGUCAGAUAGGGCAGUCGCUCCUUGUGAAACACUGGUACUCAGCUGAAUCCGGUUAGACUGGAAGCCGAUCCCAAUAUAGUUGAGAAGUGGCUAGCCAGAUGAUGAAUAUAGCUUUUACAUAUAUCAGAAUAACAGACUUCUUUUAUUUUUUUUCUACAGCCUAAAUUGACAGACAAUUUGUUAAUGUUAUAUUUGGAGUCAAAUUAGAUUAUAAAUGACGUAAUAAUUAUAAGUUAAAAUAAAAGUAAUAAGAGUGAAA